AUGCCUGACAAGAACGACCCGGAGGCUGCAGAAGCGGCCAGGUUGCUUAACUCGCGUACUACCACAAAUUUAACUACUGUUCUGCCGAAAGAAGUCAAAUGGAAUAUUGACACUGAGUGUCUGAUAGCGGUGGAAACGAGUUGGCUAUCUCACCUUAUGACCGCGCCACGUUCACUCUGGGAGCCAGGAAACUAUGAGCCUGGGGAGACGUACCAGAGGCUCUUCAGGGACGUGCUUACUGGUCGCGGCGUAUGGCCAGAAGACUCAGGGCAGGAUGGGAAGAAAGGGAAAAGCAUUGCUCUUUGGAUUUCUACUGUCUUUGAAGCCCAGAGAGAGGCACUGGAGCAACAAGAUGAUCGGUCGGAUAUAGAUGAGCGGACUACGGACAAAUGGAGAAAUGAACAACUUGAAAUUGAGAUUCAAAAGGCCAUGGACAGCAUCCUCGAUCAACAGCGGGGAGACCAAGGGCUGCGCAGCUACGUGACCGCGCUGGUAGAAUACCCAGAGCAUCACUUUAGUCGCAAGAACAAGGAAUUUGCUCUGAAACUGCUCGUCCGUCGGAUCAUUCAGCGAGGACACGGCACUUCUGCAUCUCGCCGCCGCUGCAAUGAGUGGUGGAAGAUAUUGAGAGAGGCUCUCAAAUUGGCGAAUAUGGAGUCCCCACCCUCCUCUCAUCCGUUCUUUGACUUCUUUCCCAGAUACAUUCUGUAUGGUAUAUUAACGGCGUCCCAGCUGGCUGCAGUGCAAGUGAUUUGCCCUAACUACCUGGCAACGCUGUUAGCCUCCCACUCAAGCCUAGCCUUCCAGAAGGCUCUCCUUUUCGUCAGCCUGGGCCUCGGUCUUACCACUCUUGAUCAUCUCCUAGCCUUGAAUACCACCUCGUGGAGAUCACAGAGACGGUGCAAGGAGCUUUGCAGCUCAUUGCAAUCGCUGCCUACCGAAGAUAUACUUGCCCUCAACACCUCGCAAUCCUCUGAUUGGCAGCUCAAGAUGGACCAGGUCAGACAUCGAUGGGGGCUAGGUCUCCCUUGGUGGCAGUACUAUCCAAACCGCUGGCUGCCCUCAACGUCAGACCCAGGUUCGACUCUUGCCGCCCAUGCUACUAGUAGUACCUUCCAACAAGAAGAUAGUGAGAGUCCCCCUGCAUACGAAGCAGUGAUGGCUACGUCCUUCUCCUAUCGGCCGCCGGCCUACAGCAGCAAAAUCUCCGGGUUAGCGGCCGAUGGCUCCCAGUCUGAUGGAACAGGUCUUCCGAGAUCCAAUCAAAUUCCCAGGCUACAGGACAAGCCCGACGAAAGACUGGUGCUUACCGAGUCCCAGGAAAUUGUGGGUGCAGUUGUGUUACUUGAUAGCCCUCUCUCGGUGAAUUCGCUUUCCAAGCUUCUUGCUUUGAGUACAGAACAACUCCUCCAGCGAGUUAGCUCACUACACUCGGUCCUAAGUAUACCCAGCGAUCCGACCAAGCCGGUGCAGCUUUGUCAUUUGUCACUUCGAAACUACCUUCUCGAUCCAAGGAUACGUCAUGAAACCCCAUAUUGGGUUGAUGAGAAGCAGAUGCAUCGAAAGUUGGCUGCAAGAUGCCUUAGUAUCUGUGAUAGUCUGACAAGGAAUAUAUGCAGACUAUGUGACAAUACAAAACGCGCGCAGAUUGAUCAAUGGAAAAUCGACCACUGUUUUCCUCCAGAAGUGCAGUAUGCUUGUCGUUAUUGGGCUCAUCAUCUAGUACAAAGCUAUGACCAUAUUUCGGAUGCGCCCGAUAUCCUUUUGUUUCUCAAGAAGCACCUCCUGCACUGGGUGGAAGCAAUGAGCAUUCUAGGCUUUGCUUUUGAAGUUGUGAGGAUCAUUGGACUGCUGCAGUCAGUCUUACAUGUUGACAGGGGUCAUGAUCUAUCCAGAUUCUUGCAUGAUGCCAAGCGGUUUAUCCUCAAGUACGGACAACUAGCAGAUGAUGUCCCCCUACAGAUCUAUAGUUCAAGUAUAUUCUUUGCGCCCGAAAGGUCGAUAAUUCGCAAUCAAUUCCAAGGAGAGAUCCCGAACUGGAUACUCAUGCUGUCAAAUCCUCAGAGAGACUGGAGCGCAGAACUGCAGAUUCUUGAAGGCCAUUCAGAUAUAGUAGGGUCGGUCGCCUUCUCGCCAAACGGCCGCUUACUGGCCUCCGGUUCGAGAAACUUCCUCGGAUCCUCCGACAAAGCCUUCCUGGUCUGGAACACGGCUACAGGUGCCUUACAACCGCAGAGGUUUGAGGGUCAUUCAAAUAGCGUCUGUUCUGUAGCCUUCUCACCCGACAGUCGGUUUCUGGCCUCUGUAUCUGACAAUACUGUCCAGUUGUGGGAUGCGGCCACAGGGACCCUGCGGCGGACUCUCAACGGCCAUCAAAAUCCGGUGCACGCGUUGGCCUUCUCGCCCGAUGGCCGCAUCAUCGCAUCUGGCUCAGGUAGUCAGUUUGGUACUACGAGAGAUAACUCAGUUCGUCUCUGGGAUGUGUCUACUGGCGCCCUGUUGCACACUCUCCGAAACCACCAAGGCCCUGUGAACUCGGUGGCCUUUUCACCUGACGGCCUGCUCCUAGCAGUCGCUUCUACAUCUAAAAUCCAGAUCUGGGAUGCGGCCACGUGUGUCUUCCAGAAGACUCUAGAAGGUGAUAAAACCUGGAUUGAGUCGGUAGCCUUUUCACCCAACGGUCGAUUACUAGCUUCCGGCUCCAACAGCUUUCUCGGCCGUCCUAACAAGGCUCUGCAGCUAUGGGAUGUGGCCACAGGGACCCUGCAACGAACUCUUGAGUGUGAUUCAGGGACUAUUCACUCGGUGGCUUUCUCGCCUGAUGGUCAAUUACUAGCGUCCGCAUCUGCCGAUCAGAUCGUCCGGCUCUGGGCUGUGGCCACUGGAUCCCUGAAGCGGACAUUCAAUGGUCAUUCGCGCUCGGUGAAAUCUGUAGCAUUCUCGCCCGACGGCGGCUUGCUGGCGUCCGCAUCUUUCGACAACACCGUCCGGCUGUGGGAUGUAUCUGUAGGCGACGUGCAGCCGUCUCUUGAGGGCCAUUCAGAUUUGGUGAGAUCGGUUGUCUUCUCGCCCGACGGCCGGCUAUUAUUGUCUACUUCUGAUAGAGGCGCAGUCAAUCUCUGGAAUACGGCCACAGGCGACCUACAGCACAGCUUUGAGAGUGAUUCAAGUUCGAUAAGGACGGUGGCAUUCUCUCCUGACAGUCAGCUACUAGCGACAGGGUCUUAUGGAACAGUCCACCUCUGGGAUACUGCCACGGGCGACCCCCAGCUCACACUCGAUGGCAUUCCAUCAGACGUAUAUUGUAUCGCGUUUUCACCCAGCGGCCGUAUUCUUGCAUUUGGCUGUAUUGGGAUCAUCCUAAUCUGUGAUACGACGACAGGCGACCUGCAGAAGACUCUCACCGGUCAUUCAUGGUCGGUGGAAUCGGUAGCCUUUUCGCCUGACGGUCAGCUCCUAGCGUCCGGUUCUUACGAUAGGACUAUCCGGCUCUGGAAUCCGUUCACUGGUGUUUUGCAGCACACCUUUCAGGAAAACUUUACUUCCUUGGAUUCUUUGGCUUUCUCACCUGAUGGCCGGAUAUUGAUGUUUGUCUCGUCCAAUGACGCGAUCUGUCUCUGGGAUACCCUCACGGGCGCCUUGCUGCACGGUCUCCAUGGCCACGCGGCAGCCUUCUCUCCCGACGGCAAGAUAUUAGCGUCCGCUUCCAACGAUAACACGCUACGACUCUGGGAUGUGGCCACGGGGAUCCCGAGAGAGACCUUGGAGGUCAAGGGAAGGAUCACAGACCUGGAGUUUUGUGCAAAUGGUUCAUACCUUUGUACUAAUCUAGGAUACAUUGAGAUCCAGCCGUCGCCAGAAAGUCUUUUCCCAAGUCUAAGACCAGCGGCCAACAUAUUUCUGGAAGAAGAGCAGUUUCAUUUCAUGAAUGUGGCGAAGAUGGUUCGAGAUGGUAACGUGUUGACGGAUGGGGGUACUCAUUAG